AUGAUAUUGAAUCCUAAUUUUGUCCUUCCUAAUGGUAAUAUGAAUAUAGCUGCAGUACUUCUAAUAAUCAAUGGAUCAUUAUUUAUCUCGUAUGAUCAACAGUUCAAUAGAUUAAAUGUGGAUUUGAUAUGUGCGGCAUCGUUUUUUUCUGGUUUAAUAUUUGGUAUUUCCGUUUUGACUUAUGUUACGCAUUGCGGUGAUGUAUCACAAAAAUAUCUUCGUGGAUCAAUUGCCAGUUAUAUACAGUGUUCUAUUGAUUUUGGAGUAUUUUUGGGAAUGUUAAUAUUAAUUACUAAUCAAAAUAUAUUUUUAACAGACAAAUCAUUUGAAAUAAUUGGAUCACUGCAAAUAGUUUUUGGAGUUUUGGCAAUUUUUGCAGCUCACUUUUUGGUCUAUGAAUCUCCAAUUUACUUAUUUGAAAUGGGUAAAGAAAGUAAAGCAAUCGAAAAUAUAACGUUAUUAAAAAAAGAACUAAAUGAAGCAUGUUACGAUGUUCGCACUGAAAUCGAAAAUAUAAGAUUAAUUUUGGGCAAUAAAUCGAGUUCAAUGAUGAAGAGAGAAGAUGUGAAGCCUAUAUUAAAAAUUUUUUUCUGUCGUUUAGCUUAUUCUUUAUCAACUUCAAUAUUUAUAUCAGCUAUAUUUUUGGCGAUAUUUGAUUUCAAUCAAAAAUUUAUAACAUUGGCAAUGUUUUUUGGAAAAUUUAUCGCUAAUAUUGUACCAAUUUUAAAGAUUGAUCAAGUAGGACGAAAAAUAAUUCUGGUAUCAUCACUUAUUGGUUCUGGAAUAUUUCUAAUUUUAACAAUAUGUUCAAUAUUCCUCUUUGGCACAUACGUACCAAAAAUUGAAAUAUAUUUUGUUACCGUUAUGGCAUUCAUAUACAACGUUUUCCUAGGUAUAGGUUCAAGUAGUGCUGGUUAUGCAUACAUGUCAGAAGUUUUUGAGUAUUCCAAAAAAACUUAUAUUAAUGCAUUAAUUAUUGCAAUGGAAUAUGUGGCCCACCUGUCAAUAAAUAACAUUUCUUUAGAAAGAUCUACAUUAGUUAUUGGUAUGAUUGCCUUUACAGCUGUUAUGCAGUUGUUGGUUGGUGGUUUAUCAAUUGUUUUAAUGCUAGAAACAAAAGGAAAAACUUUAAUGGAAGCCGAAACAAUAUUAAUCAUUAUGGGCAGCCAACUUGUAUUAGGUAUUACCAGUGCUCAAUCAUAUGGUACUAAACUUCAUUAUGAAUCUCAAUCAUUAUACUUUGGUGGUAUUGUGUUAGGCUUACUUGCGGAGAUAAAACUUCUCAGCAUAUUACGUAAAUAUGUUCAUUAUGUAAUGUCAAGUUUUUUCUUAAUUGCUAGUGGUCUUUUAUUAUGUGCAUAUGAUUAUCUAGAUAACGAAGAUCUUAUUAAAUCAUCAUCAUUUUUUUCUGGAUUAUCAUUUGGCGUAUCAUUAUUAACAUAUAUUAUUCAUUGUGGUGAAAUUUCAUCAAAAUUUUUACGUGGUUCUAUUAUUGGAUUUUUACAAUGUAGUAUUGAUGCUGGAUUAGUUCACAGUGUAUCACAUCUUGCAACACCAUUUGUUAUACGCGGAGAAGAUUUAAAAUUAAAUUAUGAUUUGUUAUGGAUUUGGAUUUUUAAUGUGGCUGAUGGAAUCAUUGCAAUGAUAUUAAUUUUUUUUCUAGUUUAUGAAUCACCAUUUUACAUAUUGGAAAAUGAGAAUGAAGAAAAUGCUUUAAAAAUUUUGUUUAAAUUAAGAAAAGAACCGUAUAAUACGAAUCCAAAUGUUCAAAAUGAAUUGGAUACAAUUAAAUAUAUUUUAAAAGAUAAAUCUAAUGAACAUCAAUACCAAUUAUUGGAUUUUUAG